AACAUUACGGCAGUCAAUAUACGGCAAACACGCAGCCGCAGUUUGCUGACCUUCCGCGGUCCUCAAGCAAGCAUGGCCGGCCGAGCUAUUACGAAAGGGCUGUUGGGGCUAAGGCAGUCCCGGGCUGCAGUCAGUUACUCCUGUGGUGGACAUCACUAUAGCACUGCAGCGUCCAUCCAGUCUCCCCAACAACAAAGCGACGAUGUUUUAGAUAAAGUACUGAGAAAGCCGCUCGAACACCCAGACUUUUUCCGUGUGUCGGAGCUCUUCACCCUGAAAGACCUGUUCAACGCCAGAGUGCAUCUUGGCCAUAAAAAAGGUUGCAGGCACAGACUUAUGGAGCCGUACCUCUAUGGCUGCCGGCUGGACCAAGAUAUAAUCGAUCUCGACCAAACCGUGGAGCUCUUUCAGCAAGCCCUGAACUUCACCGCCCACGUAGCGUAUCGCGGCGGCGUCAUACUGUUUGUCAGCCGCCGCCGUCAGUUCGGCCAUCUGGUGGAGUCCACUGCUAAGUUCUGUGGGGAGUACGCCCAUACACGGUACUGGCAGGGCGGUCUACUCACCAACGCCCCCAUCCAGUACGGCCCAGGAGUCCGCUUACCAGACCUCAUCGUCUUCCUCUCCACUCUCAACAAUGUGUUUCAGACCCACGUUGGAAUUAGAGACGCGGCAAAGAUGAACAUUCCCACAGUCGGCGUGGUGGACUCAAACAGCAACCCCAGCCUGGUGACGUACCCCAUACCCGGGAAUGACGACACUCCAGCUGCAAUGGAGUUGUACUGUCGCUUAUUCAGGUUGACUGUUAACCGUGCCAAGGAAAAACGGAAACACGUGGAAUUACUGUUCGGCCUGUAGGCACCCUCCACACCAAGCCGUGACAUAAUAUAUUCUUUAUUGAGAGACAUUAAAAAAAACGUCAAAAAAGUCAAAA